UUGCCAUUUUCUGCUUCUUUCUGUACCCAUUUUCCUCAUAUCGUGUAUACCCCUCUCUUUGUGCAAAUAAUAAGAAGAAAAAGUUCUCCGUUGGAAAAGUCUUCCAUUGCGAAUUAUAAAAUUUGCGCUGGAAUUUGUAUUUGUGUGAAAAGGCAGCAGAAGUGAGCUAAAUAAGAGAUGUUGAGAAAAUAAGACAAAUUCGAACUACAGCAACAAUAAUUGUGUAUCAAAACACCAUGAUUUAAUUCAUUCAUAACUACAUAACAGAAAAAAAAAUUAUUAAAAUAUUUAUACGAGAAGUGUUGCGAAAGGCGAACUUGAAUUGACAUUAAAUGGGCGAAGUGCGCAACAAUAGCACAAACGAACUAAAGCAACAACGACGACAGUAUCAUCAGCUGCAGAGGCAUAAACAUAAAUGUGUAAUUAGUUGAAUUACACACACACGCACACAAUAGAAAAAUAAAAUAAUUUUUAAAAAUUUAAUGUUUUUGGAAGUUAACAGGACUACUAUUUAAAGUGAAUAAGCAAAAAGUGCAUAAUAAAGUAAAAGCGAAACAUUUACCGCAACAAAAAAGUAGUUAAAAGCAUUCAUUUCAGGAAAAUAGUAUAAUUUAGUAAAUUUUGCAGACCGAAAAACGUUGAAUAAACAUUGUUGAUCGUGUACCCAAAGGCGCACGCGCCCACUAAUUUACACGUUAACAGCUAAAUAUUAUUGCAAGUGUGCGUGUGUGUGUUUAUAUAGAAAGCUGUUCGAGCACACAUUGGAUUUCCGUCUCAGCUAUAGUCAUCUGUACAAUCGCAUAAUCAGUUGCAAGAGUGACCAAUUUCAAAAUCCAUACUACGUAUUAAUUUAUGACGAAAUAUGCGUUAUAUUUAAAAAAAAUUUAACCAAAUCAUUUUGGAAGUGAACAAACGCGUCUUCUAGUCAAAGUGAGCAGAAUCCCAAAAUUUUCGUUUCGACAUCAACACCGUUCCCUCACUAACGCAUAAAUCUUCUACAGUCCAUUUAUCCUUACUGAAGCAUUUGAAUUAAUAUUACACACGCGAUGUUUACUGGAAAAUUACAACUAAAAGUGUGUGAGGCGAUCGGUUUGCGACCAACCGACUUUCAAAAGCGCCACAAUUUGACAUUUGGAAAAUUAGCAGAUGAUCAACCAAUCGAUCCUUAUAUUUCCAUUGAUGUUGAUGAUAAUCAUUUUGAUCGCUCGACAACGCGGCCGAAAACAUUUGAUCCGAUAUGGAAUGAACAAUUCAUACACGAUGUGACUAAUGCAAAGAACAUUAACUUGACGGUAUUUCACGAUGCAGCACUUCCACCUGAUGACUUUGUUGCCAAUUGCCAAAUACCUUUCGAAGAUAUUAUGCAAAAUGAAGCAGGUGUGCUUGAUCUAUGGGUGAACUUAGAGCCACAGGGUAAACUACAUAUUAUAAUCGAAUUGAAGGACCGAGUUGAUUCGAAUAAAGAUGUGGCUGAAGUGGUUCAGGCGGUCACCCAAAACAAGGAAUUCAAAGAACGCGCUGGAUUCAAUCGUCGACGCGGUGCAAUGAGGCGACGUGUUCAUCAGGUAAAUGGACAUAAAUUUAUGGCAACUUUUCUGCGACAGCCGACUUUUUGUUCACAUUGCCGCGAAUUUAUUUGGGGAAUUGGUAAACAAGGCUAUCAAUGUCAAGUGUGCACCUGUGUUGUACAUAAGAGAUGCCAUAGCUCCGUGGUCACCAAAUGUCCAGGCAUGCGCGAAGAGCAAAACACCAUGGAAAUGGCACCAGCUGGUCAACGUUUCAAUGUGAAUGUGCCGCAUCGCUUUUUAAUGCAUAAUUAUAAACGUUUUACUUUUUGCGAUCACUGCGGUUCACUCUUGUAUGGUCUGAUUAAGCAGGGUCUACAGUGUACCCAAUGUAAUAUGAAUGUGCAUAAGCGCUGCCAAAAGAAUGUGGCCAAUACCUGUGGCAUAAAUACAAAAGAAAUGGCCGAAAUACUCAGUUCGUUGGGCAUUUCGCCGGAUAAGCAGGGGCAACCACGCCGUUCCAAGUAUUUAAAUCAACCAGGCGGUGAUGAUAAUUAUAGUUUGAGCGAUCGUAGCGAUCAGGGUACGGAAAGCAGCACUUCCACACGAAGUUCGAUGAUAUCGGAACGUUCGGUUUCAAGCGCUUCGACUGCCAUGACCGGACUCAGCGCCAUUACAGGGCAAUAUUUUGAUUCUCGUCCAGGAAAGACUUCAUUGUCGGAUUUUAAUUUCAUCAAGGUAUUGGGUAAAGGCUCAUUCGGCAAAGUAAUGCUGGCCGAAAAAAAGGACACCGAAGAGAUUUAUGCGAUUAAGGUGUUGAAAAAAGAUGCCAUUAUACAAGACGACGAUGUUGAUUGCACAAUGACGGAGAAACGUAUACUGGCAUUGGCCGCCAAUCAUCCAUUUUUGACAGCAUUACACUCCUGUUUUCAGACUAAGGAUCGUCUAUUCUUCGUUAUGGAGUAUGUGAAUGGUGGUGAUUUGAUGUUUCAAAUACAGAAGGCACGCCGCUUCGAGGCCGCUCGUGCUGCUUUCUAUGCCGCUGAAGUAACGUUGGCUCUCCAAUUUUUACACUCCCAUGGUGUUAUUUAUCGCGAUUUAAAACUGGAUAAUAUCCUUUUAGAUCAGGAGGGGCACUGCAAACUGGCCGAUUUCGGCAUGUGCAAGGAGGGUAUUAUGAAUGGUGUUUUAACAACCACAUUUUGUGGCACUCCCGAUUAUAUCGCGCCUGAGAUACUAAAAGAGCAAGAAUAUGGAGCGUCCGUCGAUUGGUGGGCGCUCGGUGUGCUCAUGUACGAAAUGAUGGCCGGUCAACCACCGUUCGAGGCUGACAACGAGGAUGAAUUAUUCGAUUCAAUUAUGCACGACGACGUAUUGUAUCCGGUUUGGUUGUCUAGAGAAGCUGUAUCCAUUUUAAAAGGAUUCCUAACGAAAAACCCCGAAACCCGUCUGGGGUGCUCUGGCGAUGAGAACGAGAUACGUAGACAUCCAUUUUUCGGUAAAUUAGAUUGGGAUGAACUAGAAAAGCGUAAUAUUAAACCACCUUUUAGACCAAAAAUGAAAAAUCCUCGGGAUGCCACCAAUUUCGACACAGAGUUCACGAAAGAGGAACCAGUACUCACACCGGUUCCCAACGAUGUUAUACGCUGCAUUAACCAAGAUGAAUUUGCUGGAUUCUCAUUUGUCAAUCCGAAAUUUGGACCAGAGCGUAAAGUAUUUUAAGUCGGUUUUUUAAUGGGCACGCGCCCGAAGGGUUAAACUUUUAUGGGAAAAAGCUAAGAAACAAUGCAAAACUCUUGCAAAUUCAAGAAAGCGACGAAAACUACUACUACUAUUGUGUUUGUUCUUUUUUUAUAAUGUGUACGUAUACACUCGAACAUACACACAUGUACACAGAAUGUCACACAAAGGGCCGCCAGUUGGAACAAAUUUAUUUAUUUUUUUACUUUAAUUAUUUUUAAUUUAUGACGACAUGGAUUGCAUGAGAAAAAUGUAUAUGUGUGAAUACCUGUGUGCUAUAUUGUUUAUGCUGUUAAUUAAUGUGCAGCUACGAUUUUUAAAAUUGAAAUUCGCGAAAAGUGAAGUAAAAUGAAAAACAAAUAUGCUUAUAUUGUUAACGCAACAAACUCUACUCGUAGUAUUCGUUAGGCAAAUAAUUAAAUCUAAUAACCAAUAACCUUAGGACAUUUGGUUGAAAAUAACAAAAACAAUACAAUAACGUGCAGGAAACAGUGGUAUGUAGAAAAUAUGAAAACAAAUAACCAGGAAAUAACUGAUAACAAACAAAAAAAAAAUAUUAACAAUUUGCUAACUUGUGUUUAGACAUCAUUGAAUAUAAAGCGUGAUACUAACAUUGUAUUAUUUUUAAAAUUACUGGCCAUCAAAGGAUUGUAAAUAAAAUACUUCCUUUUUAAGAAUAAAGUCACAGCUUAAGCAUUAGCAAAAAGAAGCACUUUUCGUUUAGCCAACUGAAACCACUUAAGCUUCCACCAAAGAUUUUAAAAAUUGUUGCGGUUUUUCAUGCUCAUUGGCUAAUGGAUACAUACUAGCAUUACUGCUAAUGUGUAGAUUGUGUAUUAUUUAAAUAUUGCUUAAAUUAAAGGAAGCAAAAAAGAGAUCACAUUUUCCAAUCGAAUUACUAACGUCAAAUAUUUUUUAUUUCCAUAAAUUUAAUCUACAAAAUUUUGUGUAACCUGUUAUGCUCUUGAAACAUUUUGUAGAGAGUAUUAAUAAAAAUGUUAUGCUUUGAAUUUAUAUAUUUUUUUGUUUCAACAAAAGGAGAGGUCUAUUUUUUCCAAUGUUCAUAAACGAUUUUCGAUGACGAAUAAUUUUAAAAUUAUUAAUGAAAACGCGUUCUAAUUCCAUAAAUUUUUUUUUUUUUAUAAAACGUCUUCAUUUCAAUUGAAUUGAAUUGGCCAACGGUGGUUGAAAUAAAAAUUAAAUAGAUAAUCAUAUAUUUUUUCAGAUAAAUAUAAAAAUUCGCAAUUAGCCACAUGUUUUUAGUGCAAGUUUGUUUUUAUACAUCCAUACAUUCAUAUCUGUAUAUAUAUAUGUAUAUUUUGUACUUAAAUGUAUAUAUGUAUGUAUAUGUAUGAAUGCAUGUAUAACGACGUAUUGAGAAUUCGCUAACAAAUAAUGAGCAUAAGCUGCUUGCCUUGCAUUAUAAUAUUGGUUACGUUCAUGCUUAUGUGUUGAUAAACAUUCAACGAAAUGCAUUUUAGUUAAUGUAAUUAUUUUGUUUUACUUAUUAUUGUUAAUUGAUGUUGUUUUCAAUUCUAUAAAACAUCGAAUGUUAAGUAUCAUUCAUCAAUCUAGUCAAAAUGAGUUUAAAAACGUACGCACAUAGUAACACACAAAAACAUGCAUAAAUGAGUAGAUAAUAAUUGUUAUGUAAAUGCAUUUGAAAUACCUACAUAUUAGUUGAACAAUUUAAUUUAUAAUUUUAGUUCUUAAAAUUGCAAAGAUGAAUUUAGUUUAGCUUAUUAUUAUUAUUUGUUUUUAAUUAUAAGUAUUUCCAUUGCUUUAAAAGCCAUAUGAACCAGUAGAAUUUUUUUCAUUAGUAUUCUCAAUUUAUUACAACAACUUGUAUUGCAAGAAUAUAGUGUACAACUGCAAACGUGACGAACGAAAUUUGGUGAAAUAAACUGCUUAUCUCGAACAUUUACUACUCUUUCUUAUCGUAACAUUGUAAAUCUCGAAACGCGUGUCAAAAUUCAACAAAAUAAUUAUUUGUUGCCCCAUAAGUUUACGCAUAAAUAAACGAAGAGUGUUGCAAACAGUCGAAUUUAUAUGUAUUUUAUGCUUUUAUUUCGUGCCAUGGCGAAACACUCUCCGUCAAUCAGUUUAAAAGCCUGCAAGUACUAAAUUUGUUCAACUUUGAAAUCAAAGAUAUGCAAUUUUGUCAAAUAUUGUGUGAAAAAUGUUUAUUUGAGAAUUGUUAGGGACGGCUUCUGCCUCGUUUAUUAUUUAAAAGCAUUAUUUAAUCCGCAGCGUUUUUUGCGUUUAUUUGUUGUUUUUAUCUACAAUUUGCUUUUUAAUUAAAAGUAAGUAAUUACUUUACAGUGGAAUAGCUGGCAGCGCAAUGUAUUUUUUCAACUACAUAUAUUUUAAUGUAAAUACGCACAAAUAUAAAAUGAGUUGAAUUUAAAAAAAAGUAUUAAAAUGAUAUUAUCAAUUGUUUGUUAUCUUUUGGUGUAUUUAUAAAAUACGGGCUAACAGUUUUUACCUAGUUUAUUUUGUAUAUUCUAAGUACAAUAAAUAAAAUUAAAUAUAAACUUUCAAUUUUCCUCGCUUGCAAAGUCUUUUAUAACUUUUUGUUGUAAAAUGUAAUCAAAAUUAUUUUAAAAUUUGGUAUGUAUUGUAAAAAUUACAUUUGUAUAUUGUCCUUUAAUUGGAGACAGCGAAACGAAAUAGUAUCACGGAUAGCAAAUUGUAAUGCCAAUAAUAACAAUGUUAUUAAUAGUUUAAAUAAAGUUUGUGAACUGCAAAUAACUCAAUAAGUUUGCAUGAAAAAAAUAGUAAAAAUAAUAUUAAAAGGUAAAAAGAUAAAGAUAAAAAACAAAUAAUGCAAAAAAUAUAUUUAAUUUUAUAUACGAAGCAUUGUGUAUUAUACAAAAUUCUCAAGAAAACGGUUCCAGCAAAACAAAUAUCAUUAUAUAAUAUAACAUAAUGAAAGUGUUUUAAAAGCUAUAGCUAUGUUAUUGAACAUAAUAAAAAUGUAUGCAUAGACAACCACACUUAUGCGUGUAUAUGUAUAUACAUGCAUAUAUCCAUGUGCAAAUAUUUUAGCUGAGACAGAAAACAACCAUUUAGAACCAUUGUGUAUGUUGCGUCAGCACCUACAUUACACAUUUAUAUGCCUAUAUAGAAUAAAAACCAAACCGCAACAAAAAACUAUUAAAUGUUAUGCAAAGAAACACUAUUGGGCAGUUGAAUUGAAACGCAACAAACCAAAAAUUAUAAUGUAUGUUAUCUAAUCAAAAACCUGUUUAACUAAAAACCGCCGUUUAGCGGUUAUGAAUUUUAGGUUUUAAAGAAAAAGUAAAACAAAAUAAGUUAAUGCUAAUCAAUAAUAUGAUAAUAAAAUAACAAAAACCGACAUAAACACAGCUAACAAGCGUGUGCGACGUAUGGAAAACUGUAUCUUCAAACGUCAAAAAUGCAUCAAAACAGAAUAUGUAUAAUUUAAAACCAAAGACUCAAAAUAAAUACAACAACUACUUGCAUACACAUUUAAUUAUAUAAUUUUAUGUACAACAUAGCAACAUUAUUGAUAACAUAUAAAUAAAUAAAGAAAAAUAGAAUUACAAAAAAUAAGUACUAAAAACAGAACAAAACCAUUACUUCGCACAUAAGCGGGUGGCGCAAAUGUAUUUCUACAUUAUAUAUAUAUGUAUAUAAUUUAUAUAUAUGUAUGUACUUAUAUAUUUGCACUGAUUCAGGUAUGAUACAGCAUCUUAGGCAUUGCAACGCUCUGCAAAGAAUUUGCAAUGGUUCAGGGAUAAUGCUAUGGCAUGAUAGCAUAAAAAUUGUAUAUGUAUAUAUAUUUUUAUUUUUAUUUCAUUACUCCAAAUUUAGUUUCAAUGCAUAAAACCAUAAUCAGUUUAAUAGAUUUGGCAUUUUAACGAACGCAGUGUAUGUUAUGUAUAUUGUGAGCGCAGUUCAUUAAUAUUUCUAUUAGUUGUUUUCGUGUACUUGGUGAGGGAGUUAUACAGGUUAUGACUAUGUAGAGAUAUCACAAAAGAUUGAAAGCUUUCUAAGCGCUUGUAAAAUUCAAAAAUAAAAACGGCAUCAUAAUGAAGUGUUAGCAAAAAAUAAUAGUAAUUAAUGAGCCUAGCAGCAUAGUAAGCCAUUCUGAAAAGCGGAAAUAAAUACUAAAAAUGCUCCAAAUGAUAAAAAACAAAGUUAGCAACAUUUGUGUGCUAAAACUUAACACACGCACAUACACAAGUAAUUCAUAUGUUAUAUGUAUAUGCUAAAAGAACCAACCAAAUAUAUGUAAUAAGAAAAAAUUAAGUUAAACGGUAAUUGCGUAGAUUGAACAUAUAGCCACGCUGAAAAGCAAAACAACAAAACAAAAAUCUUAACAACCGAUACUAGUAAAUAUAACAUAUACAUACAUACAAAUAUAUGUGGUUUGAGGCAGUGAAAAUUUGUAAAAAUUCAAUAAAAAUGUAAUGCAAAUGAAACUCAAUUGAAAAAUGUUAAAUAAUUAGAUUAUUAGGUAGAUAAAAUGUGUUGAUCGAAACAAUAUAAAUAAUUAACAAUGAAAGUGAGAAAAUCGUAAACAAUUGUCAUUGCCGCUUUCUAUGUUUGACAAUUAUCUAAAAAAAAUCGAGAAAAACCUGAAGCUUGAAAAACUUCUGCGCGCCGAAAUGUAUGCAAACAUGAUAUUUUUUAUGUAUGUUUUCUAUUGAUUGCCUUUGAGUAAUAAAAUUCUAUAUUUUCAGAAUUUAACACAUUUCUAAAUAUGCUACAUACAUAUAUAAGUCAGAUGAUUUGAAACUUGUUGCUCCGUUUUUUGCGAAAAACUUUUGUUAAUCACAUUCAAUGAAAAAACAAAAAAAAACAAAAAAAAAACAGUAAAUUUAUUUACUUCGAAAUAGUUUUAGUUUGUUUUGGCAACACACAAACAAUUUUAGCGAAAAGUUUUACAAACUCCGCCCUAUUUCUAUACGAUAACAUAUCGCGUCAAUAUUAUUAAAUACAUACAUAAAUAAAUUUAUACAAAGGUACCUUACAUUAGCGAUAGGGAAAUAUUAAACUGCGUUUUUUCGAUACUCUGGGUUUGCUUUAAACAGCAAUAAAAGUAACGGUGGAAAUCAAAGAAAAUUAAUAUCACUUCUUGAAAAAAUUGCAAUGUUGUGUAUUAGUUUCAAAAGCGGGUUCUUUAUCGUUUCUGUGAUAAAGGAAAAUAAACAACUUUUGAAUUGCCCCAAAGAUAAAGUUUGACUAAGCGAUAAUUUUUCAUUGCGGCAAAUGGAGCAGAUUUUUUUAAUAAAUCAAAAAACAAUUUUCCCUUUUAUUUUUUAUAAACAAAUUCCACGGACACUGUCAAACCAAAGUUGACGUUUUAAAAUCCACCUUCCAGUAAAUAACACAUUUUUUAAAUUUAUUGCAUUUUUUUACAUUUGUGUUUUGUACAUCAUUCCAAUUUGAUUCUUCAAUUAGAGUGACGACAUCAUUUGGAACAAACCUCAAAAACGACAUUAUCGGUUGCUGUUUGUGUAUUGUGCUAAAUCUGGACAUCAAACAUUUUCCGUAAAAUAACAUAAUUUCUAUUUAGUGUUUUAAAAGAUUGUUUGGAUUUUUAACACAACAGUGCGCAUUUGUGAGAAACUACAUACAUAUACUAAAAAACAUUUCGUACACACAUACCUAAAAAUUUUAACACAUUUAUUUUUGUACGCUCAGCUAUGAAACUCUAAAACAAAAUUGAGGGAAUGAAGCAAGUUUAGUUAAUUAUUAGUUUUUCAAAUAAAAAACAAAUCGCUUAUUACUCUAAAAUUAAUAAUUGAUUCAGAGAAAAAUUGGAAAAUUACUGACGAAACAGAAUAAAUGAUAAAAAAGGAAAAAAUGUAAAACUUUCAAAAAAUAAUUUAAAAAAAAAACUAAAAAAAUCUUGCUGUUAUAUACUUAAUUUCUAUUAUUUAUUUGCAUACAUUUUAAUAUCUAGCUAAGAAGUCUGAGUGCAGACGUGAAAACUUUUGUUGCUCGUCAUCGGCAACUUCUCUUUUGUCUUGCUCAUUGUAUUCAUAUGAGCAACUAAUUGUAAAUAUUAAUUCCGCACCGAGCACAUGGUUGUGAACCAUGGAAAAAAUUUCAAAAUGAAAAUGAAUGCCGAAUUGCGUAACAGCGAACUGUUACGAAUAAGUACACAAAACGUGCCGCCCGAGCCCGAGUAACUCGGUGUCAUUCGUCUCUUCUCGUUGCCCCUCCAAAGCCCCUCCUACAAACUACGAGUUUCGGCAACAGAAGUCUCCUCGUAUGAACCAGUUCUAACAUAAUACCAUCAUAUUUACUUAACUAUAAGCGCUAUCAUGUGCAAAUAAUUGCGAAAGUCACUUACUUUUCUAUCACCAAAGCAGCAUUAAAAAUUUUUCAUGUACCUUUGCCAACUGAAACAAAGAAACAAUUAAGAAAUAUAUAGAAAACUCGUACUAUCCACUACUAAGAGUAAAUACAAUGCAACAAAGUAAAACAAAAUUAAAAAAAAUAAUAAGUGCAAUAUAGAAAAAAAAUUAUAAAUAAAGAACAAAUAACAUAGCAAAGUAACUUAGCCAACUGAGAAAAUAUAUAAUAAAUAUAAAACGUAAUAAUAUAAACAGAUACAUACAAACAUAUAUUUGAAGCAACCAGCUACACCGAUACAUUAAACGCGUAUUCAAUACGAUCGAAAACAAAAAUAACAAAUUGAAAAACUAACUAGAACAUAAUAAACAACUAGGCAAAUAAAAUUUACGUAAUUAAAAAAACAUUGAUUUAAAGCAAAGUAAACAGUAUUCUAUCAAAAUGGGGCAAUGCAAAGUAAUACGCUUAAUUAUUUUCACAAAUAUCGUAACAGUUACACCAUAACCAUAAAUUAUUUUAAAUAUUCUUAAUAAUAUUUUUUUGUUAAACUCAAAGUAAGUGCUUAAUUAAACUACAAUACGUCCACUUUUACGAAAUUUACCCAGUCCUUCCAACAUUCUUCCGCUUUUGUGAAUUAUUGAGUUAUUAUUAAUUUUUUGUUUUGCUUUGACGCGACGUAUUCGUUCAUACAUACAAAAAUGUAUUUUAACACAAUGGUUUUUUUUAUAUCAUAGCUAAUUUGCAUUGCCCAAAAAAGCUUGAAUAUAGAAAUACUUAUUGAAAGCAUACUUACAUAUUUAUAAAACAUAUAGUAAAAUUAUUGUAUGUGAAGUAUGACAAGCAAAAUAUAAAUAUAAUUAUAAAGUUAAUGUUAAAUUAAAAUAGUCGAAAGUCAACAGUUGGUACAUAUGUAAAAAACAUUAAUGCAAAAAACCAUAUGCAGAGAGACACGUAAGACAAACAUAAUAAUUAACAGAAACUGAAUUAUAACAUGAAUAUGAAAAUGACUACAAAUAAAAUAUAUAAAAAUAAAAAUACAUGCAUAUGUA